AUGGAACAAGAAAAUGAAAAUGAAGUUAAGAGAAACAAAAGAUACGUGAAGAUGAUGCCGACGCACAUUAAUGAUGGAAUUCGAAGAAGAGGGUUUAUGUUUCAGGUUUUAUCUUCUCGUCUUGGACGAAAGCCGGAGGAUAUUGUCAAGUUAGAUGCUAAUGAGAAUCCUUAUGGCCCUCCUCCAGAGGUCAUGCAAGCCCUAGGGUCGAUAAAAUUCCCAUAUGUCUAUCCAGAUCCAGAGAGCCGCCGGUUGCGUGAAGCUCUCGCUCAAGAUUCAGGCCUUGAAUCUGACUAUAUUCUUGUAGGAUGUGGUGCCGAUGAGCUUAUUGAUUUGAUCAUGCGUUGUGUGCUUGAUCCUGGUGACAAGAUUGUCGAUUGCCCUCCAACUUUCACAAUGUAUGAAUUUGAUGCCGCAGUUAAUGGAGCACUCGUCACCAAAGUUCCAAGGAGGCCCGACUUCAGCUUGAAUGUGGAACACAUAAUCGAGGUUGUUAAACAAGAGAAGCCCAAAUGCAUAUUUUUAACAUCUCCAAACAAUCCAGAUGGGAGGUUUGAAGAGUGAUUGGUUAUUAGAGAGCAGUAGUUUUGCAGAGAGGAGUAAGCAGUACAAGUGGACAACAAGUAGAGGUCCCUCCCACUUUCACUUUUGAUUUGAAAAAAGAUGCAUUGGGAGAGUCCAAGUCCAAGAAGGCACAGAACAGUGGAACAGCAAUGGCUUCACUAAUUCAUAUGCAGAAAAUUCUAUCAAAUAGGAUGCAACAUUUUUCAAGCAUUGAAAAAGCUGAAUCAAUUGGAUGGUCUCUGCAACUUCUAUCAUUUGCAUGUUUAUCUUUAGCAGCAAAUAUGGAGGAACCCCUUGUUCCUUCUCUCUUGGACCUUCAGGUUUCAACGUGGUUUGAACAGCAAGCCUAUGGCACUCAUCAAGAAGCUCCGCAAGGCGGACUCUGAUGAGCUAAUGAUAGAAGCUGAUAUCACGUGCACAAUACUAAAAAGCUGAUUUUGGUCUGAUUGUUUAUUCUCUUAGCCUUUGUUACACCAUAUGCAUAUUCGAAAGCUUCUUCGUAGGUUGAAAGCCGAAACUGAUCAAAUAUGUCAAGCUCCUGAGUAUUUCAGGGGUAUUUCAGUGUUAUUUGGCCUUCUUAAGGAAGUUCUUAAAAACAGACCUGACUUGAAGUUGGUUGUUAUGAGUGCUACACUUGAAGCUGAAAAGUUUCAGGGAUAUUUUUUUGGAGCUCCUCUAAUGAAAGUUCCUGGAAGGCUACAUCCAGUUGAAAUUUUUUAUACUCAAGAACCAUUUUUUUUUCAUUUUUUACACUCGUCAAAACUGCGGUAUGGUUACCAUUGAUACAUGUGACUCUUUAUUGUAAUAACACUUUCUUGUAAUAAUUUCUUGUGUCUUGUUUUUUUGCAUACAGAAAACAAUUGCUUCUCCAGGGCGUGGUAUUUUGGCCAUGGAUGAAUCCAAUACUACAUGUGGAAAGCGGUUGGAUUCAAUUGAACUAGAGAACACCGAAACUAACCGUCAAGCAUGGCGUAAAAUUAUAU